AUGAGUUUAAAAGAUACUGUAGUAAAAAUUUGUGCAUUGCUUUUUCUACCGAUGCUUUUAACUGAAAAUCCAGUUCCACCUAUACCACCAAUUGGACAAGUGUCGAUAGAAAAACCACCAGAUACAAUGCCACCGCAUUUAGAAAUAAAUCCAAAAUGGCCCAUUUUUGUGCCUCCAAUCAUAGUACCACCGAUUAUAAAACCUCGUGAGUGCGUUUGCACAAUGCAAUACGAUCCGUGGUGUGGAUCCGAUGGUAAGACCUAUGGCAACCUGUGUUUAUAUCUAUGCGAAGCAGCCAAGAAAGUACCAUUGCUGUUAGUACACAAAGGCGAAUGCUAA